AUGCUAAAGCGUAAGAGAGAGGAGAAAGAUAAACACGGAAGUAACAACCCAAAUAAAAAACCCAUUAAGCCAGUGAUUAAAUUUCAGUAUUUGACGACCAAAAGUUUACGACCUGGAAAGACUUUCGGCAAUCCAACAAGUGACACAACGAAAGACUGGGAGACGAUUAAUUCUCAGUGGGAAUCUUGGUUUGGAAGGAAAAAAAACAAUGCUUGGAAAAAUACCUGCCGAUCAAACCUCUGGGAAAGCAAAUUUAACACUUGGAUAUCUGAGUUUUCAGAUGUAACGGACGAGAACCAAGCACAAGACAUCAAGAGUGUCGGAGCAUUGCUCGAGCGAAUACCACUUGUAACUGAAAAGAAUCAGACCAAAAGACUGUGUUGGGCCAAGGAUGGAGCAGUGAAUGGGAUUGCAUUAUUUGGAGUGAUGAAUCAAAGUUUGAACUUUUUAGAGGUGAUGGUAGGAG